UGCGACAUUCCUCGGCCUCUUCGAAGUCUUUUGCAGCCUGGAAAAUCACGACGCACCAGGCGCAACCAACCAAGACCACUACCUGCUGUAAGUCGUGCUUGUAGCUCGACUUCUUGGCAAAUUAGUCGUUGGGAGACGAUGCCCUUAUUUGUCUCAGCGGUUGGUGAUCUUCGUAAUAUUAACACCAAUUCCAUCACAGCCUCUGUCUCUGGUACCAGCCUAGACACCUCUAAUCAACACAUAAUCGAGAAAGCGCUGCCUAAGGAGACAAAUACGAUGGCAACUUCAACACUGUUGCGUCUGACUAAACGGCAAACUGCCUGUCAUGGAAGGCCAGCUGGGCAUAUGCCGAUGCCCUUUACUAUUGAUACAACUGAACAGCAAGAUAAACCCCUAAGUUAUAUCUCGAUUGCUUCGCCAACCCCACCAUUAUCAUUAUUAUCCCCUUCUUCUGGUCAUUUUGAGCCGAAUCAGGAGUUCAAUCCGUCUGUGCAGAAUCUUUCAAUAAUAACAGGGGAGAUACAACAUGAUGGAUCUAGCCCCAGCUUUUCUGAAAUAUGUGAGAACAGCCUGGAGUCAAAAAAGGAUAGAAGACUAAGUCAUACUGAUCUACGGCUUUCAUUAAAGUCAGAUAUUUUAUGUAAUGCCCAACCUGAAGUACUGGACAAGCUAAUUAACCGUUCAGAAAAGUUUUCAGAUUGGCUCAGCAAUAUCCAGCGUCCCUGUCUUUUCGUAGACAAUCGGAAGUUGUUCAGUGAAUACUCGUCCCUGAAGUAUCAUUCUCCUCCUCUCAGCCUCAUCGAAAGCAAUGGGUCCGUCACUUUACUGGCCAGCAAUGCCAUGCAUGACCGAAACGACGCAGAUAAAACGGAUGAUAAUUCAGAUAGCCCCUCGUCACAAAGUGACCUGAGAAGCAGCAUGCCCAUUUGCCACAAGGACAGCCGCUUGAAACGAAGUGGAAAUGCUUCUUCAGUCGGAGAGCCAGGGUGUGAUGUGCCCACGCUUUCACGGCCGGUUGGACAGGAACUUGAUCAUGUCGUAGGAUUUGCGGAAGAGUUGGUUAUGCACGAUACACCCAAUACUGAAGUGCCUGGUCGGCCUUGUCAUCGGAGGAAGGAAUAUGAUACGAUUGAAGCUGAGCCUUUAUCGCAAUUGGAAGGCGAACAUUUUAGCAAAAACUGUACUCCUUGUGGCAAUUUCAGGCAUGAGAUCAAGCGGCGGGAUGUAGAUAGCCCCAUAUCUGACAGGAUCUGGAAGGAAAGAGGUGGAUUAGGUGAAAACGGGCAUGGAGACGGCGACACUGCAGGAGGAACUACCAACAGUGUUGAUUACGGUGGCAGCGGUGGCAACGGGGGAGGUGGGGGUGCUGGUGGUGGUGGUGGUGGUGGUGGCGAAACAGGAGAAUCUGCCAACGGAGGCAGUUCUGGUGGUGGUGGUGGAGGUGGUGGCUUGGGUGAAGGUAGUGGAGGUUUGGGCGGAGGAUGCGCUGGUCACGGAGGCUGUGGCGGUUGCGGAGGCAACGGCAGGAGAGGCGGCGGCAGAGGUUCUGGCAGCCGUGGUGAUUACGUCGGUAGCGGUGGUACCGGUGGAAGCAGUGAAGGAGGCAGUGGAGGCGGCAGUUCUCAGGACGCCGGCUACAAUAUGAGCACCAGUGACCUAGGCCGGGCAUUCAACCAAAAUGAUGCCGUUUCUGCAGAUGCUGCCACAGCGCUAGCAGAUCACGUGUACCGGGCCGACGAACUGUUGCCCCGACAAUACACACACGCAGUCUCCUCUAGACAGUUCGACUUGACGGCCGAUGCAUUCGGCGGUGGUGCAACCACAAGUAACACAAACGACUGGAGCAGUGUCUCCUCCUCCGAGUGGGGAGACGACAUGUGUGUGAGUUGA